AGGGGUGCAUGUAUAUAUCUCGCGCAAUUUACAACUGAUGACGGUGCAGCUGAAUAAGUUUUGGUCCCUGCUCCCGACCAAGAUUGCCAUAAUCUAAGGCUUGUUAUUUCUGAUUGUUUUUUUGUUGCUAUUUUUAAUAAAUGGUUUAAAAAAACAAAGGAUGUCAAGUUAGUUACCAAAUAUAUCGCAACAUGUUUCUGACAGAUUCUUGUCAAAAAAAAUAUCGUCGAAUACUUCAACGCAAAAAAGAAAGGCGAAAACAGGAAAAAGUCCGCAGGAAGAUAGCUUUGCGCAAUAAAAUAAGGGAAGAUAUAGAACUAAACCGUUAUCACAGCAAGAAGUUUCUAAAAAAGGAAGUCUCCAACAGAUUGCAGAUCGCACUGCAUGAAGGAAUAAGGAUCUACAUAGAUUGUUCCUAUGAAGCUCUUAUGUCUCCUAAAGAAUGUAAUAAAUUCGCUCAACAACUAUGUCGUCUUUAUGGCGCAAACAAAAAAGCAACGAAGCCCUUAAGCAUCAACCUUGUGAAUUUCUCACAACAUGGACCUUUGUUCCAUGCUUGCCAGUCCAAAUGUGAUGGAUUCCUAAAAUAUAAGAUUGGAUUGUACUCUGAAACACCAUCAAGCAUCACUCCAGAAAAUAUAGAAAUCGUGUACCUCAGUCCGGACGCAAAGGAACCACUGGUAUCUAUAUCGGAAAAUUGUGCGUACGUCCUAGGAUGUCUUGUGGAUGAACAUAUAUUAAAGGGACGAAGCCGACAAGAAGCUGAAAAUCAGGGUUUCCGUGCCGUGCGACUCCCAAUUGGAGAGUUCACAUCUGGAAAAAUAUCUAACCCAGUGUUAGCGAUAAAUCAUGUCGUUGAUAUAAUGUUAGCAUACAUGGCAAAUGGUGGCGACUGGAAGGAGGCCUUAUAUUCUAAAUUGCCCGGACGAUUUUUGAGAUAAUACAUAUAUAUAUAUUACAUUUUGUUAUAACGUAUGAAGAAAUACAAGAAGUUCUAUAGUAGUAAAAAGCAUGUGACUUCAGAAACUGAAUUACAUUGAAGUUAGCGACUUGAUUUGGCACGGAACAGUCUUCAACUUAUUUAUAAUGGUUGGGAAAUCACCGCAUGUAGGACCUAAGAGGCAAGAUUAGAUUAAUUAUUGUAACUUACGGUAAUUUAGUACUGAUAAAAAUCCGUAAGGUGAGCAGCGAUACUAAGAUGCAUCCGAUUCCUAGUGCCAUCAGUAAUAUACGGUUUAACUUCGUGACCUUGGCCUCGUUGACUUUAUCCAUUACGAUAAAUCCGAAACUCCCCAUAACAAACAUAAAACUGGCUGCAAGUCCUUCGAGUAUGUAUUGACUGUUUAGGCGCCAAACCAUGAUAGCUACCUAAGUCUCAUUAAAACAUGAUGAAUAUGACUUACCGGUUUUUGAUUGCCCCUGGAGUCCGUUUCCGUCCCCAUGCUUGGCGGUCCAACGAUCAUAUCGUA